GCUGGGGGUUGUAGUUUUGCAACAGCUGGAGGAACCCUGGUUGGAAAACACUGAGCACUAUGUUUCCUAGUUACAUAGGACUUUAGGAAAGUUGGGUGACAGCCAAUAUGGCUGCCAUUUCCACUUCUCUAGCAUUAUUACCCAGCUUUUCUGGCCUCCUGUAAGGCAUAUACUCUUAGUAUGGCUAUCCCUGUAUGGUAUCCCUGAGUGACAACCAACAUGGCUGCCCAACCAUCGCCCCACACCGAACGACACAUCUGUCCAGUUAUGUAGUGACAUUCCCGCCCGGUAUACGAUAUGUCUGGGAGCGAUUUCACAUGGUGGCACUGUUGCAUUAGUGUCUAUGGAAAGUCAUGCUGGCCAAUGAUGUGGCCGCCCCCACGAUGUGUGAUUUGGGGCUUUUCACUCCUGAGCCUGCGAGCCCCGGCCCAUAUUAUGGCGAGUGUUCGGACACCUACUACCAAGAGGAUCGGUGGCAGAAGUUGCGCACGACAGUCAGGAAACUGGAAUUCUGGGAGAGUUUCACCGCGGAGCCGAUAGGAAGUGGAUUCUUCUCUAAAGUUUAUAAAGUUUCUCAUGGCGCCGGCUCCAAGAACAUGGUGGUGAAGAUCUAUAAGAACGAGGUGGACGAGGAGGGGAUUGUGCGGGAGAUCUCCCUCCUGCAGAAACUGUCUCACCCCAACAUAGUGAGGUAUCUUGGGAUCUGUGUGAAAGACGAGAAGCUGUAUCCGAUUCUGGAGUACGUGAAUGGAGGCUGCCUGGAGGAGCUAUUGGCUUGUAAAGAAGUCUGUCUGAAUUGGAAAGAGAAGGUUGACCUGUCAUGUGACAUCAGUCGGGGAAUGGUUUAUCUACACUCCAAAAAUAUCUAUCACCGUGACCUGAACUCCAAGAACUGUCUUAUAAGAGUCACCCCGCGGGGCCGAGAAGCGUUGGUAACAGAUUUCGGUCUGGCCAGGGAGGUGGUGGAAGUACCGGUGAAGAACGGAGAAAGGAAACUGUCACUUGUGGGAUCGGCCUUCUGGAUGGCGCCUGAGAUGUUACGUGGGGAACCGUACGACCGCAAGGUUGACGUCUUUUCUUUCGGGAUUGUCCUCUGUGAGAUCCUCGGUCGUAUUCCGGCCGACCCUGAAAUUUUACCUAGGACUCGGGACUAUGGUUUGGACGUCGUUGCGUUUCAGGCCUUGGUGAGGGACUGCCCCCCGCAGGUGCUGGAUGUUGCUGCGAGCUGCUGUCGGCUGGAAGCCUUUAAGCGGCCGUCAUUCUGCGAGGUCCUGGAUGAACUGGAGGACGCGGCGGAGACCCUGGAAUCCCUGACAGAGCUGCAGGACGCCACCUGAGGACCGCGCGCCGGCGCUGUAAAUAGUUGUACAGUCGGACUUCCCGUCACUAUACAGGAUGAUGCGGAUACUGGUCUAUUUAUUAAACUGUUUUGUACGUUGGGGGAAAAAAACAAAACAAGAUAAAGAAAAUACAAAAACGUACCGGGACGUGUGGUCAUGUGACCCGACCAUAGCGUUCUUCAGGCUCCUCCUUGGAAUGUUUGAUUCAUCACCAGGACCAGGGGGG